GGGUGGAAAUGGUCGCUCGCGCAGUCAACUGAGGGAAAAGAAAGCAUUAGCUAGCUGCUAACAGUGAAAUACACUAACAUUUCAUCUGAAUACAGCCAACAAACGAAGACGACUGAACAAUGACACAUCUUAAGUUUCUCUGCAGGGGUAAGUGAGGUGUAUCGUACCCCGUCCUAGGAUGGACAGUUAUUUUAAGGCUGCUGUGUGUGACCUGGACAAGCUUUUGGAUGACUUUGAACUCAAUGCAGAGGAGCUUGAGAACAAGCCCGCCACUUUUACAAGCCCUCCUUGUCCGGACGCCACAAUUGUCCCAGGUCACCAUUCGGACCUUCAGAACUUCAUACCAGAGCAACACACGGUCUCGCAAACACUCCCAGAUGUCAAUGCCCUGCACUAUGGACUUGCAUCACAAAGUAUUACCUUAAACCAAAAAGAUUCUUAUUCAAAUGAACGGCCACUCACAGAUGUGGACCUCCUGUCCUCCGUUGAUAGCAGAGGCAUCAAAAGUUCGGCUCCUCCUUGUCCGGACCGCUCCCUAAAGCCUGUGUGUGACCUGGUGAAUGAUACGGGUUCUGCAAACCUCCAGCAGGCUGACAGUCAGGAGGACUUUAAAGAACUGGACGUUCCUGAGAAACAAACUAAUGAGGUGCUGCUAGUGGACUUCGAGAGUCCUGUAGUAUCUACUCCCGAAGAUGCUUCUAACGCCGGUGAAUUACCAAAACAUGACUCUGAGAUUAACUAUAACUCAUUCAGCCUGCUAGAUGUCAUAUUACCGGCUGUUGGUGACCCUCAUGGUUUAAGUAGCAUCACACCUUUGGAGUGCAAUCGGAUUGAAAGUUCUCGUUCUGAAGACUCAAACGCCAAUGAUCAGAACAGUUCUCCAUGCGAAGUCUCAGUAAACGAGGAAGAUGUUAGUAAUUCAGAUCCUCAUGCUACAACUGUUUCAGCAACCAGAGAAGAGCAUGCUGUAUCGAUGCAACCGGACUCAGAUACCCAACUUGUCAAAAAUCCAGAGGAUUCAGCUGGAAGUCCCUCCCUGGAGAAGGAACCUUCUCUAUCUUGCUUGCCAAUGGCCGUAUCUAUGUGUGGAUCCCUUGUGGCGUCUUUAGACCCACAGGCAGGAGUGAUUGAAUCCAAAGAUGAGGCUGAACUGGAAAGAAAUUCAGCGAUUCAAGAGGCUGAAGAGUUAAUUCUUCCGUUAGUAGAACCCACAACACCAUUCUCCUCCAAUAGGCCUGAUUCCUCACCUGAAGAUGAACCUGAGCUUGUCCAAAUCAUGUCGAACACAGAAAGGGCGACUGCUGUCUCUGGCCAUUACCCUGAAAGAAACUUUAAGCACAACUUGUCGUUGACAGAGAAAGAGUUGUGUGAAAGCAACCCAUCUCCGCCCUAUUCAGAAAGCCCAAAUUAUUCCUACGAGUUCAGCAUCACCAACGAUUACCUUCCUGAAAGCGACCAGACUGUGAUGAUGGUUACGGACGAGGAGCUGGACGCCUUUCUGAUGGGUCAGGAUGUGAAAAUCAACUCCGACGCAGGCGCAGAAAAAUUCGUAGAUGAUGGCUUUUCAGAAUUUAACGGAAGCAUGGAAGGCUUUUUAGAUGAGGAGCUGCAGAGCUGUAAAGUUGAGACGUUUGCUUCUCCUGAGAGCGAUGGUUCUCUUCAGUAUCUGGAGGAGAGCGAAGGUUCGAACGUUUCUUCCUCAUCUCAGGAGAGCAGCCCGCUGAGGACAGAUGCCACACAAACAAUUAGCCAUGAAAAUGCAACCAGCCCUGUUGAAAUUCAGUCAGUUUGCACCCCUAACCAAGAGUCAAAUUACGGUGGGGCGAGACCAAAGCAGUUGUCCAACCAAACCACACGGCCUCCAUCUGAAAGACACCGGACCAGCCAUGCUGAACCCAAUGUAGCAGGCCUUUCUGCAGAGAAUGGCUCGCAAGUUUCUCCCAACCAAGAUGAAAAUAACUGUGAACCCCCUUCUUAUCUGCAAUAUGAUGCCAGUUACGGCCAUGAUGAGCUUUCAGAGCCUCCACCAUACCCAGGAGAGAGUCCUGAUCCACCAGGACUCGAGGUCGAGGGUCUGGGGUCAAAGCAGCCUCCUUGGGUGCCAGACUCCGAGGCUCCUAACUGCAUGAAUUGUGAGCAAAAGUUUACCUUUACCAAGAGGAGACACCAUUGCAGAGCAUGUGGGAAGGUGUACUGUGCAAACUGCUGCAACCGCAAAUGCAGACUGAAAUAUCUGGAUAAAGAGGCCAGGGUUUGUGUCAUCUGCCAUGUUACCAUACAGAGAGCUCAAGCCCAUGAGAGAAUGAUGAGCCCUACUGGGCCCAGUCCCAAUCCCAACAUCCCAUCAGAGUACUGCUCCACCAUACCGCCCAUGCAGCAGGCCCGCGCCGCCGGCACCCUCAACUCUCCCCCACCCACCGUCAUGGUCCCCGUGUCUGUCCUCAAACACCCCGGUAAUGAUGGUUUUCCACGUGAGCAGAAGCAUGUGUGGUUUGCUGAUGGUAUCCUGCCGAACGGUGAAGUCGCCGACACCACCAAACUGUCCGUACAGACCCGGCGAUCCUCUCAGGAGUCGAGCCCAGUAACGCCAGACCCGCCAGGGCCUGAUGGUAAAUUGCCUGGUGAGUGUGAUGUGAGCGCCGGAGGAAGUUCUGACAGUGCUGCCGAGGUGAGCCGCCCGCCCCUCAGAGGCCCGUGGGACUACGGCCUGCUCUGUGCGGUGGGCAGCUGUGUGCAGAGAGCGGUCAGUCUGGUGCCGGAGGAUGAUGAAGGUCUGCCUCCACUGCUCAUUACCACAGGAGAGGAGGAAGAUGGGGAUGUAUUAGUUGAGGAACGUCCUGCUGCUUGCCAAAUAUUGCUGCUGUUGGAAGAGGGAGGCCCACAACCUCUGACCUUUGUGCUCAAUGCCAAUUUACUGGUGAACGUCAAGAUCGUCACAUAUGAUGGGAAGAGGUGCUGGUGUCUGAGCUCUAACGGUCUUCAGGGAGUGGGCCAGAAGGAGCUGGUGUUUAUAAUUGAGUGUCUCCCAGAGGAGAACAGCCUGCCUAGAGACGUAUUCAACCUGUAUGUUAGUUUAUACCAGGAUGCACAGAAAGGGAAGUUCAUCGAGCACCUUGGAAACGUGACGUUCACUGACAGUUUCCUGGGCAGUAAAGACCACGGGGGCGUCCUGUUCUUCACUCCAACGUUUCAGCCACUGGAUGGUCUUGCUCUGCCGCAGGUCUCGUUCCUCUGUGGUGUUUUGAUUCAGAAACUAGAGGUUCCCUGGGCUAAAGUGUUUCCCCUCCGACUGCUGCUCGCUCUGGGGGUGCAAUACAACGUGUAUCCCUGCACUUUGGUGAGCGUGCGUUUCCGUGACUCAGUUUUUAAAGAGACGGGACACACCAUCAUGAAUCUGCUCACAAUGUACACUGGUGUUCAAAAUUUUGGGGUCGUGACUGGAGCAAGUUUUGUGGUUUUUAACGGUGCUCUGAAAGCCUCAUCAGGAUUCAUUGCCAAAUGCAGCAUUGUGGAAGAUGGGUUAAUGGUGCAAAUCCCUCCGGAGACCAUGGAGGGUUUGCGACAGGCUCUCAGGGACCAGACCGACUUCCAGAUCCCCUGUGGAAAGGCAGAUUCGGAAGAGACACGGGAAAAUGUGAAUGUACGCUGGGUCGACUGGACCACACCUGUCAACACUGGAGUCACCAGUCCGGUGGAUGGCAAGUCUCUAGAGGGAGUGUCCAGCAUCAAGAUCCAGCAAGACUCAGAGUUUGAGAUGGACGGCCGAACCAUCAGGUGUACUGAGGUCUUCUAUGUGCUGAAGUCUUCAGACGUCUCUCUGUCUGCCGUCCUCACGUCAUCGGCUCAGUUUCAGAGAGAGAUCGCCACCGCUAGCUGCGCCGCUCUUUGCCCGCACCUCUCUGUGUUCGUGGCGAAUGGGUUCAACUCUCUCGCACUCCGGGUCUCCACUGACUCAGACGUGGUUGAGUAUCAGGCUGGCUCUGGUGGCCACCUCCUGCCUCAAAAGUAUAUGAACGAUCUGGACGGGGCUCUAAUUCCUGUUAUCCAUGGAGGAAGCUCCUGCGUCCCCCAUCAGGCCAUGGACAUGGAGUUUUUCUUCUACAUCUCACUGAGCAUUUGAACAAUGGUGACUUACAAACGUUCCAGCCACAGGCAGCCUGUCAGACCUUCACGAUCGGUACCAAUGAAUCACAGAUGCAGAUAGACAGACUCCGUAUCUGAUCUCUGACAAGGUAUGGAGAGUUUGAUGCAUUUUCGAGGAAAAGCGCUUCACUGAAGUGGCACUAUAUUAGCGAUCCUUUAGAAUAAAGAAAGAGGUCUUGGAUCAGCAACAAAAAUAAAAACGUGAGAACUUUGCUGAGCUUUGCUUCUUCAGUUGUGUUUCCAGGGUCUGAUCGUUGGAUGCUGAUUGACGAAUGUUAGUUUGAACGUGAACAGAAUUGUUUAUGUAUGACUAUGAUGUCAGAUAUACUGGUAAUUAUAAUCGUUACUUGAUUACACACAUGGCAACCGAGCAUAUGAAGUGCUGUUUCUUUAUGUCUGUUU